AUGGAUUUUCCUCUCCAAGCGAUCUACAGGAUAAUCAGCUGGAAUCUACUGAGUCUGAUCUACAGAUAUCAUUACUUCACGAGUUUGAUCGACAGGACUUGCGCAAGGGUCCUCGGCCUACCACCUGAGUCUGGUUUCCUCAAACUAAACGAAGACAUCCUACGAGAUAUCAUAUCCUACCUUGCGCCCCUUGACGCCUUCAGACUGUCGAGGGCAACUCGCGUUGUACGAGACAUAGCCAGACCCCGAGCUCUCUACUCUGUGACGAUGCACAGAACCUCUGAUUAUGGCCACGACUACCGCAGGGUCACCAAAUUCUGCGAUUACAUGCUCGACGAUAUUUGCUGUCGCCUGAUUCACCUUCAUGAGCUCAAUCUGCACAUCACUUUUGGCGCGGAUUCAGACCAUUCCGGCGAUAUCGAGCUCCAAGAGGCCCGGAAGGACGCUACGGGUCGUCUUGUGGUUCUACUCCAGAAAGCAUGCAACCUUCAAUCUAUCCGGCUGGAAGCCUUUUUCACACUGAUACGCAUGGAACCCAACAUAAGACCUGCUAUCGUCGCUCUACCCAGCUUGCGCAACCUUGACAUUUCUUUGUUCCGCAACACUAUGCUGGCUGAGGACCGUGACGGUGGGAUCCGGUAUGAUACUACGUACGAGCAUGGUCGUAACUGGGUCAGCAUGCGCGAGGCCAUUUGCGCCAUCAGAAAUAUGCAAAUCAACACCCUUGAACUGGAAAACCUCCAAAGAGAGUCUCCUGGCGAGUAUCCCGACACCCUUGAUUUCUCCUUUCCCUCCGUGCGCGAACUGGUACUCGAUAAAUGCCACUUCUCGAUGGCAAUGCUUAUCCAUGUGUUCCCGAAUUUGCGCGUGCUGCGAGUCGCGGAGCCACCGUUGACUCAAUACGAUGCAUUUUGGGUGGACUUUGACGAUGCAGACGCUAGCUUUUGGUCCAGCUUGGACCAUGUUGAGGGUCCUUCGGAGUUCUUCGAGAAAUGGUCGCCCACGUUCCCGAUCCACUGCGUCUCACUCACCGAUCAGCUCGCUGGCUCCGACGUGAUGCCGGUUUCAAAUCCUCGAAUCGUGCGCGAUACAAUUUUGCGUCUAGUCCAGCAGACGAACCCUAGGGCACUUGCUUUUCCGGUGCUGGUUGACUCCGAGCCAACGCAGCCGGCCGCAUAUCACGAUCCUCCGACUCCCGGUUCGCCGCGCUAUCACAAUCUCAAGGCGGACCCAGGGCAAGCCGACCACUUCUGGGCCCCGUUCGUUGCCAGUGCCUCUGGGCUUCGCAUCCUCAACCUCACUCUUCGUGUUCCUCCUUCGACGGAGGACUUGAUGGCAGUUCUCAAACCAUACAUGGCGAUACUUCGUAGAGUCUUCAGACGUCUGCCGGGCCUGGAGCUCGUACGGCUGGCAGUCAUAUAUGAUACGCACCAGGAGAAGAGCUUUGCAGAUUGGCUACCCGUAUUAAUUGCUCCGGCUCGUGCAGAGUGGCUUCCCGCAUCUGUCACUCCGGAUCAAGUAGAUAGGCUGGCAUCGAGACUCCUCAAGACGUCUGUCCGGUGCUUGUCCUUGUCAUUUACCGCCUGGAGACACAGGAAAGUCAAAGGAGGAACUCGGGUUAUCGUCGGGUGUGCGGCAUGGGAGGUAUUGCCAAACAGCCAGGGAGUGAACACCCUCGAGCGUAUUACAGAGGCCCGUGAAGAGGAGAUCUAUGGACAGAUUAUGGCAUCCGAUCCCGACCUUAUUACAGCCCUAUGA